AUGCGCACCGCUGCGCUCCUGCUGCUGCUGGCCGCCGCUGCUGCCGCCGCCGCGACAGACGGCCCUGCUGGCGACAACGACGAUACACUCCCUAACAGGACUAACUACACACUCGCCGAAGACCUCGUUCUCGCCAAUGACACCAGUUUCAAUGCCAAUGAUACACUCACAGACGAAUCAGACGGCGAACAUGAGCCGGUGGUGCGUAAGAAGCGGACGUUCGGCGACAUUGUGUUCCGUGGGUUAGCUGAUGUGCUGGGCUACAAUGUGGCGCGUAAACCGCCGCAGGCUGCGUUCCCGCCACCGCUAGCACCGGUGCCUGGUAUAGACACGCCUGUGCAGGCCGCUACACCCGCGCCAGCGGCUCCCGCCGUGGCUGCGCCUGCGCCGUGUGGUGCUGCUCGGGCCGCAGCUCCUCCUCCUUGUCGCGCUCAACGACCGCCAGCCCCGAAACCCAAAGCGGCUCCACCAUGUGCGAGACCUCGUGCAGCGCCUAAACCGAAACCUAAACCGCCUCCGCCGCCGCCGCCUCCACCACCGCCGCCGCCCUGUGCUAAGCCGCGUGCUAACCCGACUACCCCGUCGCCCUGUGCACCGGCCCCUCCUCCUCCACCUCCCCCUCCGAAACAGCAGGCUGACUCAAACCUUGAAACAAUUUCCUCUAAUUUCCAGCUUAACUUCAACUUUAACAGGAAACCUGCAAAUGCUCCGGCGGCUGCCGAAGCCGAAGAGGAAGCCGAAGCUGAACCCGAACAAGAACAAGCCGCCCCCAUCGCACCGAUUGCUAUCGAGCCGAGAGCUGCUAAGCUACCACCUUCAGAGCCAAGGAAGCCACGGGUUUACGUAGAUGCAUUCGUGGUACGAAACGGUGUUGCACAGAAAGUUGAUACAGUCGAUGCGAAUCAGUUCGACCCCCAGAGAGCUGCCGAUGAGGAUUAUCUCGCGUAUGAUGAAGAAAACGAACAGGCGCAAUACGACGAUUAUGAAGACGCGCAAGAGUCGCGCGACAGAACCAAAGCAGUGCAAGAGUUUGGCACCGCAGUGGAUCAGUUCUGGCAACAUAAGAAGCAACAAAGAAGACCGCAGCCGCAAAAACUGGCACCGAACCACUACCAGAAUGUGCAUUUCGGUGAUCGUGAGCUCGCGUCUCAAGUACGUCUGCAAAGCUUGCAGCAAGAACGACCUCGCCCUAACCGAAUACCGUUGCCGCUGCCCGCACUGCCUGAGAAUGAAGAUGAUGGCGAAGCCACCACCACUACUGAGGACCCCAAGAGACCGCUGCGACCAAGAGUGCUGCCUCCCACUGAACACAAUCCAAAUGAAAUUGAUACUGUGACCGUGCGGGUACCUCCGAUAUACAAGGCAAAACGGCCGAAAAAGCAUCGCGUACGACCCGUCGAGAGCGAGCGGGAAAGCACCGAAACCGAGGACGGCGCCGAAUUUCAACCUAGGAACGAGGAAGGUGAGUCUCACGACACGGAUGGCGAGGACAGUUGGCUGACACCGCAUACUGAGCGGCCCAUCAAGCGCAAGCGCCGCCGCAAGCAGAACCGUAAAACACGAUCCGUCGAGGAGAGCGCCGAGUACACGGCCGGAGACUACGACUAUUAUGGUAAAAAACUUCCAGUUUCUAAGGAAGAGAAGUACUACAUGCAGCUGACAGUUCCGACACCGACUAAAGAUGCGGACCUCGCGCGUCUCGAAGCGCCGCAAGAACACGCUUUGGAUGAGCACGAGCGGCUAAAGGAUGACCCUGAGCGGCUAAAAGGGGACUCCGAGCGACUGCAAGAGGAUCCCGAGCGCUCCGGGGAGGACGAAAGGAGCGAUGAUAAGGACCGCGGCGACGAUUCGGGAAGAGCAGACUCACACGAACGCGCUGACUCGCAGGAACGCUCUGUGAAGGAUACGGAACGCGCCAGCGACAAGGGUCGCGCCGACGAACGCGAGCGCACCGACAAGCUCAGCCCCAACGCGCGCGUUCACGAGACCGGCUACCAGAACAACUACGUGCACUCCACCAACGUGCAGGUGGACGACCCGCAUCCACAGGUCGCCACCGUCAAAAGAAAGACGGUGACCACCGGCUCGCCGUGA